UGUGUGUGUGUGUGUGUGUGUGCGCGCGCGUGUAUACACUGUAACAUACGUAGGCAGCAUCGGUGUAUCGCGUUCUAUACUUUGCUAAUUGUUAUAUACAUAACUAUACGUUUGUGAUAUUGUAAUAAAAAUCAUAUUUUUCCAAGGCUCUUGCAAAACCUCUGGGAUAAUGUCCAAUAUAGUACAUUUUGGUAAUAACAAUUGAUAACAGUGAAAUUAAUCCAGCUCGGGUUUGUGGACGUGGCGCAGUGGCACUGGUAGCGGUGGCCAGUGAGAGGCGAGUGCCGUUACUGCCAAUGGGAAUAGUUUUAGGUAUACAGCAUAUGUAUACAACCCCUCUGUGGUAGUGGUAGUAGUGUGCUCGUGUGGUCUUGCUCGGCGGCGCCUGUAAGAUGGCAACAUUCUCAGAGAAUGUAUUAUGCCGUCGGUAUUCUCUCUAUUACUUGGAUGCACAGUAUACAGAUACAUGAUAUGUAUACGUAUGAGUAGUAGAUACGGUGGUUUUUAAUGAAAAUUCAAAUUCAGAGAUGACCGAGGUGAAAAAGGACGACGUCGUCAAAAUAUUGCACACGUAUCCUCUCUGCCGAAAGUGCGAUAUGUCGGACGAGAUGAAGCAAGAAGCGAUGGAAUUAUGCGUCACCGCGGCUGAAAAGUACGCCGACAAUUACGAGAGUGUUUCACGGAUGAUCAAAGAAACGAUGGAUAAAAAAUUCGGCGCAUCCUGGCACACUGUCGUAGGCGAGGGUUACGGGUUCGAGAUAACUUAUCAAUUGAAACAUCUAUUGUACAUGUAUGCUGGCAAUUUAGCGAUAUGUAUAUGGAAAUCGGCAUAGCGAGAUUUCGAAAGAUUUCAAACAAAAAUGAUUGCUUCCUAAAUGUACAAAUAACACUUGUCAAUGUGUGACGUCGGCCUGCUGCUAUCGGUGUAUCAUUCUUACGGGCGCGUGCUACCGUACUAUGUAACGUAGCAUAUGUAUGUACAAAUGAAUUUCUGGGAAUUAGCGCAUGUUCAGAUAAGAUUGCAUUCAUACAUAUGGACACGACCACGGAUUGCUUCUUUCACCGGUAGCAGAAUAUCAGAAUUGAAACAUAUUCUGCUCUCGUCGUCAUGCUACUCGAACUAGCCAUAAUAAAUAAUCAUAAAAAGCUAUCUAUAACUUUUAUACAAAUCAAACAGAAAGUAUUCUAGUGCACACCAAAAAUAUGAUAAGGGUCAUAUACAUUGUUUCGUGCGCGUAACGUUAUGCCAAAAAUGGAAUUAUUUAUGUGCGUGAGUGCAGACAUCGCAUUAUGUAGCAACUGCUUGCAGUGUGAUAUUUCAUGUAUUUUAUAACUAUAUCUAACUGUGUAUGUAUAAAUUUGUGCAAUUGUUGUAUAAUCUAUUACGUGUGUACGUAUUAAACGUAAACAAACGAGUAUUGAA